CAGCCAUAUAAGCAACAAGUUUCUUCCUGGGGAAUAAAAUCAGCAGUGUUGAUAUUACAAAAUGACAAAACAUCCUCCGAAUAGAAGAGGGAUCAACUUUGAGGUGGGAGCCCAGUUGGAAGCCCGUGACAGAUUAAAAAACUGGUAUCCAGCUCACAUUGAAGAAAUUGAUUAUGAAGAAGGAAAAGUACUUAUCCAUUUCAAACGCUGGAACCAUAGAUACGAUGAAUGGUUUUGUUGGGACAGUCCUUAUUUGCGUCCCUUAGAGAAAAUACAGUUAAGAAAAGAAGGAUUACAUGAGGAAGAAGGUUGUGCAGGAUUUCAUAUAAAUGAUCAGGUAUUGGCAUGCUGGUCUGAUUGUCGCUUCUAUCCAGCCAAAGUUACUUCUGUUAACAAAGAUGGUACAUACACUGUGAAAUUUUAUGAUGGUGUAGUUCAGACUGUCAAAAACAUUCAUGUCAAAGCUUUUUCCAAAGAUCAGAAUAUUGUGGGGAAUGCUAAGCCUAAGGAAAGAGGUAAUGAAAUUCCGUCGUCUCCUGAAAAGCGGGAGAAAUUUAAAGAACAGAGGAAAGCAACAGGUAAUGCAAAGAAAGACAAGGAUGAAAAGACAUUAAAGACUGAGAAAAGAGUUAAGCAACCUGAUAAAGAAGGAAAAUUGAUAGUCAUCUCAGAAAAAGGCAAGGUCUCAGAAAAGAAUAUAUCUAAGAAUGGAAAAGAAGAUAAAGAGAAUAUAUCAGAGAAUGAUAUGGAAUAUUCAGUAGAUACACAAAUUGAGAAGAAGCCUGAGAAUGACAAUGUAAAGAGUCCACAGGAAAACGCAAAAGAAACUAAACGAAAACGUGGAAGACCACCGAUAACACCUCCAACGGAGCCAAGUUCUCAGACGCUGCAGCCCAUAACUUUGGAGUUAAGACGUCGGAAAAUACCUAAAGGAGGUGCAGUUCCAUCAAAGCGUCCGAGGAUUGAAAAAAACUUGCCUCAGGAAAAAUUGAAGAACUCUUCAGAUAACCCUGAAAGAGACCAGAUCAGGAGACGAUCUUCAAGACUCUCGUCUAGUAUUAGCCAUGAGAUUUUAAACACAGAUCAUGUCACAAUUUCGACAGAAAUUCAGCCUUUGAAAGAUGCAGUAUCUAACCAAAAGGAAUCUGAGAAGGUCCAGUUAGAAACUCCUGUUGAAUCUCACCAAAGUUUCAGUGAACAAGGAUCUCCUGGAAACACAUCACAUAGCACAGCACUCAGUACGGAUGCCAGUUUACAGGAAGAAAAAGUUGAAGACACUGAGUCUUCCUCUGUUACUGUCAGAACUCAAGAACCUUCUGCUGCUACAGAUACUCCUCUACACAUAGCCCUAAGGAAUACCCCAUAUAGAGAUGAAAAAAUAGAAAAGAGAAGAACCUCAACUCCUGUAAGCGCAUUAAAUAGUCACCGACAUUCUGUUAGAGAACAAACCAAGAACCACAUAGCGAGAUCACUGCGGAAGCCUCAAGAAAAAGAAAGAGUUGAAAAUGCUGCUAAAGAACAUGAGAAGAACAAAGAAAGAAAAUCCAAAGACUAUGGAAGGUCCAAGUCAAAGAAAAAGAAAAAAAAGAAAAAGAGAACUAAGCCUGAAUACUCUGGCAGUGAAGAAAACACAGAUAUUUCACAGGAGCUUUCUCCUGAAAAAUCAGUUGUCACAAAAUGUGUUUCUUCAAAUAAAUCAUCUGCCCACCCAAGCACGCUGCUACACUGCUCUGAUUCUGGACAGCACAGAGGAAAAUCAAAAACAAAUGAGGAUGACACCCUGAGUGAGUCAUCUAUGGAUAGCUUGCUUUGGAGUGAUGAUGACUGCAGUCAGGAUGUUGAUGUAACCACAAAUCCUGACGAAGAAGUUGAAGAAAGUGAUUUUGAGAUUGUUCGGUGUGUUUGUGAAGUAAAAGAAGAAAAUGACUUCAUGAUUCAGUGUGAAGAGUGUCUGUGCUGGCAGCAUGGAGUCUGUAUGGGUUUACUGGAAGAUAAUGUACCUGAGAAAUAUACCUGCUAUAUUUGCCAAGAUCCUCCAGGUCAGAGGUCCAGCUUAAAGUACUGGUAUGAGAAGGAAUGGUUAAGUAAUGGUCACAUGCAUGGCUUAGCAUUUUUGGAAGAAAAUUAUUCCCAUCAGAAUGCCAAGAAGAUAGUAGCCACUCACCAGCUUCUUGGCGAUGUACAGAGAGUGAUAGAAGUACUGCAUGGACUGCAGCUGAAGAUGAGCAUAUUACAGAAUAAAGAACAUCCUGACCUAAAGCUUUGGUGCCAUCCAUGGAAGCACAUUACGGUGGAUGAAAAAAUUCAUACAAAACACAUCAUUCACAUCGAAGAAAACUGUUGCAAAGAGGAGACGGCAAGUUAUAGAACUUGGAAUGGGACAGUUGAGAAACCCUCAACCAUUCCUUCUGUGGAGGAAUCUUACAUUACGAGUGAACACUGUUACCAGAAGCCUCGGGCCUACUACCCUGCGAUAGAGCAGAGAUUAGUUGUGGAAACAAGAGGUUCAGCCAUGGAUGAUGGAGUAAAUCGAAUACGGGAAAACGGGGAUGAUGCCCUGUCAGAGAGAUUCGGCUGGAAUCUGGACCGAGAAAUAUGCAAGAUGGAAAAUGAAUCCAAACACAAUUACUCUAAGGUAAGAGAGUCUGUCUCUAAGAAAGUCUCUCCAGAGGAAGCUAUUGAAAUUAAAUUGCUGGAAAAAGACAAAGAAGGAGUUGUGAACUCGCAGCUGCAGUGGCAGCUUAAUCUUUUAGCUCACGUGGAAUCUCUGCAAGAUGAAGUCAUACACAGAAUGGAUUUCAUUGAGAAGGAGCUAGAUGUUUUGGAGAGUUGGCUGGAUUAUACGGGAGAGCUGGAACCACCAGAACCACUAGCUCGACUCCCACAACUCAAACACUGUAUAAAGCAGCUUAUAACGGACCUAGGCAAAGUGCAACAGAUUGCACUUUGCUGCUCAACAUGAGACUAGAAAAUGUUGGAGACUGUUAUGGAGUGUGAAGUUGGAGCAUCUGAUGUGAACAGCUCUGUAUAUUUAAAUGAAAUUAGCAUGCUGGUUGCAUGUGAUGCAGAUUGACUUCAGGGAUUUGUGAAGAAGUGCUGUUCAAAGAACAGCAAAAAGUUUAUUUUAUCUCAUCAUAAUUUUGGGUUUAUUAGGCAAUUAUAAUGAUAUGGAAGAGGUCGUGCUGUUGUCUUCAGAGUUUGGAUGUUGGUUGAUAAAUUAUACUUAAAUUUUCACUCCUUACAAGUUGCUCAUUGAAACGGUAGACUUUUUCAUAAUUAAAUUGACUAAAAAUUGUGCCACUGAAGAACAGAGUUCUAAGAGCCAAAAAUGUUUAGUUGACAGAGGUUGUAAAUAACUUUGCAUUGUUUAAGUGACUUGUGUCAUGUUUUAUUCCUUCUGGUUUAUGCAUAAUAUCACACAGUAUUUAAUCAUUAGGAAAUGUUAUAACAGUUUUCAGACUUAGUAAGUAUGAAUGUCCAGCUCUUAACUAUAAAGUGUUACGUGGAGGUUUGCGAGUAACAGUGGCCUAAACCCCACUUCUAUUACGUUAAAUAAUGUAGCAGAAGGUCACAGGUGGAUUGCACUUACUUUCAGAAUAAAUGAUUGUUUUCCAUAUUUAUCCUGUCACUAUCACAUCACUUGGUACUGGGGAAACCCAUUAACGUUGUGUUUAUGUGCAUUCUUGAGCUCUUAACUAUGGCCAUACUGUGCCUCCUGAUGCAGUGCUAGUGGGUCACCCUUGUUGCGGCAGUAUGAAAUACCGCCGUGAAAAGACUGGAGAUGCGCUUGGAGUUCCAGACUUCAACAAGGUCUGUGAUGGACGUUAUGUAGUUUUCUACCCAUUUGUUAAUAAUUGCCAUUCCGGUUAUAUUUUGAAAUGUAGACUUUUUUCAAUACUCUGAACGUGUUCAUUGUAAAGACUUACUAUGAAUGUGUGGUUUUGGGAAUCAGUUUAUUUUAUAUUUGUGUAAAUAAAGCCUCAAGAUCUAUGCAUGAGGUACUGUCCUCGCAGACAGUGAGUGGGUUAUUAUCUUAAACGGUGUAUGUUCACAAAGUCCCUUUUUAUACCUUAAGUUUUAAUUUCCCGGUUUGUAUUACUUUGUGAGAGCAAGGUGAAAAUGCUGCUUAUGUUCAAGUCACGUUAUACAGUACCUUUUGAAACGUUGGUGUAUCGUAAGUAUUUGAGACGUUAAAAGUCUUUCAGCUGCAGAUCAUAGCUCCGUAAAUAAUGGCUGUGACUUUAGUUUUCCUUCCCAGACGUUGCUAAGUUCACUGUGGAAAAUGGUAAGCUGUUCUUGCAGUGAGAGGGUGUCCUUAAAAAGCUGGAUCUGUUACCUUGAUUUUAUUGUCUGUGAUGGUACCACCAAAGGGUGACAUUUAAGCACAGUUGUAAUUGAAAGGCCCAUAACUGUACAAAUUACUAAUUUUGGAUAUGAAUCUGUAAUGUUUGUAUACUGCAAAGAAUAAUGUAAACUUGAAAUAUCCAAUAUUGUUGUAGGAGUUAAUGGUAUUGACACAGUGACUAUUUUAUUUCCUUCAGAAAACAAAAUAAUUGGGCGACUCUAGCUAGUAACCGAGGCUUUUGUGCCAAGACUCAUUUCAGGGAAUAAUUUGUCUCACAGUUUUAUAGUACUAGUUGGUAUAUAGUGAAUACAACAGAUGUACAGCAGAAAAAUAAACUUAUUUUUCUGUAACACGGUUGGAAUAAAGCUUACAUGAUAUUUAAGAAUCACUUCGCUCUCUGAAGAUGAGACCAAUGCUUAUACCGUGUCUCAUUCCUGGUAAUGACACCUGAAUUCACGUAUACUGUGUAGCUCUAGAACAGCCGGCAGUAACCAGACAACCAGCACAGCAUGAGAAGGAGCA